CACAGCGAUGGAAAACGUAUCAAGGUUGCCAACACUGGUUGAGUGAAUUCCUUGAUGCGAUUCAAAGAUAUGAAGCUUCAUUUCCUCUUAAUAAUACUUUUAUUUGUCUUUAUCUCCUCAUCUCGAGCGACGCUAAAAAAUCAAUCAAGAAAUUCAACCUCAGAUCUGGACUUCAGAUUUGAAGAAGAUCCUGAAGGACCUGCCGUCAAGCGUCUCCAACCGCCAUAUUUACAACUACCCAUUUUCCUGCAUUCCAGAAUCCCGCUUGUGGACAAGGAACAAUUUUCUCCUAAGUUUGGAUCAGGCUUUGAGCAAGUGCCCGAAGGGUUAAAGAAACUCUUCAUCCCGCGCGCCCCCGCGACAGAGGGUGCGAGCUCCCGACGCCGCGAACGAGCACACGGAGUGCACGUCGUGUGUCAGUUGACGAAAAUGAUCGUUAAAGUCAACAAACACAUGUUAGGAGUCGGUGGUGUUCAGUACGAGUUAAAACUGGGAACAUGCGACAUCAGCAAGACUACAAAGAGCCAUCAUGUGUUUAUUUACGACAUGGAUCAGUGUGCCAGUGAGAGAAAGUUAAUAAACAAUAGAGUAACAUAUUCCAACAUGCUGCACUACUCUCCAGUGAUGGACCAGGGGCCAAUUCGCCGCUCUGUGCCUUUCUCAGUCCCCGUUGAGUGUCACUUUAACAGAUAUCAUUACUCAUACAAAAUUGGUUAUGUACCUCAAGUCAGACAUCAACACCACUUCAAGCCCCUGAGAGUGGUGGACAGUGUCAUCCUCACCCCUCGUGACGAGAAGUGGAGGAGGUUGUCCCCCACACAGGAGUAUACCAUUGGUCACCCAAUGUACUUCCAGGCGGAUGGACCACAUCUUGCCGAGGACGAGAGGCUGUUUGUGGAUUCCUGUUAUGUGACUGUCAGCAGUUCUCAUUUGUCUAUGCCACGAUUUACAGUCAUUGAAAACCACGGGUGCAUGACUGAAAGCAAGAGCAGUAGGUGGUCCAGAUUCAUUCAAAGUGGACGAAGGAAUGUUGUACGGUUUUCCUUGGAUGCAUUUCUGUUUCAAGGAAUAUUAGGAAAGCAUCUUUACAUGCAUUGUGAAAUAUCUAUCGGAAGUUUAAACCCAACAGCAACUGCGAAGUCCUGCACUUACAACCAAAAUACAAAACAAUGGGAAGAAUUACACAGUUCAAAUAAUGUGUGUUUCUGCUGUGACUCUACAUGCCAGUCUUAUGACCUGUCUGUGUCCAGUAAGGUUAUCACCAGUGAUCCUUGGAUCAUGGAGCCUGAUUUGGGCUUCGUCGAGGAGGAGGAAACAACUCUAUUCACGCCAGAUGAGGUGGGAACAGGUUAUGUUCAGGUUUUGACCUCAGCUGAGACUGAUUCACAUCAUUUUGCGCCGGCCUCGACUGUGGUGGAGAAAAAAGGCAAGUUUGUGGAGCCCCGCAGAAUAUUUGAGGAGGUAUUUGGACUGGACUAAACAAACAAAAAAAGGACCUACUGUAAUAUGCUUUGAUUAUAGACAUUUCACAGAUGCACACGAAAUGCUAAUAAAUACAUGACACACAUGUUUGUAA